AAAAGGGAGGCCAGGGUUAGAGUAUUCCUUGGUUCUGGAGAGGCUUUUGCCUACUAGUGGCUAAAACAACUGCUUUCAUGUUGCAACAACUUCCUUUCCAAUUUCUUGUUACUGUCAAGACGCUCCUGUCUACACGAGAGUAGGGAAGAUAAGCCGCCAAGCAAGCAGAACUAAGAGGCUGCGGCGACUGGAAGUGAACCUGGAGUACGAGUGGUGAGAGGGUUGGAGGGACGCAUAGGGGAGUUCCGGGCGGCUGCGCAAACCCUUGGCUGAAGUACGGAAAGACGGGCGCGCACACGCUUCCGUGCUACGAGGCACUUGAUCCGCAGCCAGCCUUGCUCGUCUAAGACCCUGCUGCGGCUGCGCGGUAAAACCACCGGUGCUGAUUGGCCCGGGGAGCGAGAGGGGCGGGAGGAGGAGGAGGAAGGGAACUCCGUCGUCCUCGGCGCGCGCCCGCCCGCGGUAAGGAAACCGAAGGGCUGGAAGGGAAGCUGCUCCCUGUUGCGCUGUUUUGGGCUCCUUGAGCCGAAAGGGGGAGGGGAAGAAGAAGGCGACACAAACUACGCAGCGGGAACUGCGCGGCCUCCGCCACUGCGUGCGUGCGUGCGCUCGCUCGCGCGGGCCCAGUGCUGGCGCGUGAGGCGGAGGCGGGCGGCGGCGGCGGCGCCUGCGCGGUCGGGCUCGGUCGACGGUUCGCAGGGGAGGAGGCGGCGGGAGGCGGAGGAGGCGGCGGCGGCGAUGGAGGUGAAGCGGCUGAAAGUGACCGAGCUGCGGUCUGAGCUGCAGCGGCGGGGCCUGGACUCGCGCGGCCUCAAAAUGGAUCUGGCGCAGCGGCUGCAGGAGGCGCUGGACGCCGAGAUGCUCGAGGACGAGGCUGGCGGUGGCGGGGCCGGGCCCGGCGGGGCCUGCAAGGCGGAGCCUCGGCCUGUGGCCGCGCCGGGCGGCGGCCCGGGCGGAGACGAGGAGGAGGACGAAGAAGAGGAGGAGGAGGACGAGGAGGCGCUGCUUGAGGACGAGGACGAGGAGCCACCCCCUGCUCAGGCCUCAGGCCAGGCCGCGCAGCCGCCGCCAGAGCCCCCGGAGGCGGCAGCCAUGGAGGCCGCGGCCGAGCCCGAUGCUUCGGAGAAGCCGGCAGAGGCCACCGCCGGGUCAGGUGGCGUAAAUGGUGGCGAAGAGCAGGGCACCGGCAAAGGAGAGGAAGACGAGCCAGAGGAGCGGAGCGGGGACGAGACGCCGGGAUCCGAGGCUCCGGCUGACAAAGCCGCGGAGGAACAGGGAGAUGAUCAAGAUAGUGAAAAGUCAAAACCAGCAGGCUCAGAUGGUGAGCGGCGGGGGGUAAAGAGACAGCGGGAUGAGAAGGAUGAACAUGGCCGAGCUUACUAUGAAUUCCGAGAGGAGGCUUACCACAGCCGCUCAAAGUCUCCACCACCUCCUGAAGAAGAGGCAAAAGAUGAGGAAGAAGAUCAAACUCUUGUGAACCUGGACACAUAUACCUCGGAUCUCCAUUUUCAAGUAAGCAAAGACCGCUAUGGAGGGCAACCACUGUUCUCAGAGAAGUUCCCCACUCUUUGGUCUGGGGCAAGGAGUACUUAUGGAGUUACAAAGGGAAAAGUCUGCUUUGAGGCCAAGGUAACCCAGAAUCUCCCAAUGAAAGAAGGCUGCACAGAGGUUUCUCUUCUUCGAGUUGGGUGGUCUAUUGAUUUUUCUCGUCCACAGCUCGGUGAGGAUGAAUUCUCUUAUGGUUUUGAUGGACGGGGACUCAAGGCAGAUAAUGGGCAGUUUGAGGAAUUUGGCCAGACUUUUGGGGAGAAUGAUGUCAUUGGCUGUUUUGCUAAUUUUGAGACUGAAGAAGUAGAACUUUCUUUCUCCAAGAAUGGAGAAGACCUAGGUGUGGCAUUCCGGAUCAACAAGGAAUCCCUGGCGGACCGGGCCCUUCUACCCCAUGUCCUCUGCAAAAAUUGUGUUGUAGAAUUAAACUUUGGUCAGAAGGAGGAGCCCUUCUUCCCACCACCAGAAGAGUAUGUGUUUAUCCAUGCUGUGCCUGUUGAGGAGCGUGUGCGCACUGCAGUCCCUCCCAAGACCAUAGAGGAGUGUGAGGUGAUUCUGAUGGUGGGGCUACCUGGAUCUGGAAAGACCCAGUGGGCACUGAAAUACGCGAAAGAAAACCCUGAGAAAAGAUACAAUGUCCUGGGAGCUGAGACUGUGCUUAAUCAAAUGAGGAUGAAGGGGCUCGAGGAGCCAGAGAUGGACCCUAAAAGCCGAGACCUUUUAGUUCAGCAAGCUUCCCAGUGCCUUAGUAAGCUGGUCCAGAUAGCUUCCCGGACAAAAAGGAACUUCAUUCUUGAUCAGUGUAAUGUGUACAACUCUGGCCAGCGGCGGAAGCUAUUGCUGUUCAAGACCUUCUCCCGGAAAGUGGUAGUGGUUGUCCCUAAUGAGGAAGAUUGGAAGAAGAGGCUGGAAUUGCGGAAGGAAGUGGAGGGAGAUGAUGUGCCUGAGUCUAUAAUGCUAGAGAUGAAAGCCAACUUCUCUCUGCCUGAAAAAUGCGAUUAUAUGGAUGAGGUGACAUAUGGGGAGCUGGAGAAGGAGGAAGCUCAGCCCAUUGUCACUAAGUACAAGGAGGAGGCAAGAAAGCUGCUGCCCCCCUCGGAGAAGCGGACAAACCGCCGAAACAACCGGAACAAGCGUAACCGGCAGAACCGAAGCCGAGGCCAAGGCUAUGAUGUGGAGCCAGGACCCCAUGCCAGCUGUCUGAGCGCGCUCUCCAUUUCUCUUCCAGUGGGCGGGCAGCGCCGAGGCUACGACAACCGGGCCUACGGGCAGCAGUACUGGGGGCAGUCUGGAAACAGAGGGGGUUACCGUAAUUUCUAUGAUCGAUACAGGGGAGACUACGAUCGAUUUUAUGGGCGAGAUUAUGAGUACAACAGAUACAGAGACUUUUAUGGACCGUACAGUCGGGAUUGGCAGAAUUACUACUACCACCACCCCCAGGACAGAGACCGAUACUACAGGAACUACUACGGUUACCAAGGGUAUCGGUGAAGCCCCUGCUGUUGAUGCCUGUCAGCCAUGAAGCUGAAUCUCUGGGGGUGCCAGGCACCCCCCAAAACACAACCAAGGAAAACAGGGGCUGUCGGGGUGGGGCUGAGCUGCCGG